UUUGCAGCUACAUGUCUCUCUCUCUCUUCUCUUUCUCUUAUAAUUUUUUCACUCUCUCUACUAUUUUUUGUUGCAGCAGGAACAGUGAAUUGAACCUCAGGUUCUCUUCCUCUUAUACUGCUAGAUAAAUUAACCCUUAGUACUUUGAGUUCCCAACAAAACUCUUCCUCUCUCUUUCAUUUUUGCUAUUAAGCCUUUAGUUCACACUCUCUUUUCAGUUGUAUUCACUUCUGCUAUAGCCCAUCUUCUCUCGUACACUUGUCCUUUCCCAUUCUUAUAGCUUUGAUUAAUUUCUUCUAUUUCUCUCUCUUUCUUUCUCUCUUUUUAGCUAUGGAUUUUCAACCCAAUACUUCUCUUCAUUUGAGUCUACCAAACAACCAACUCAACCUCGAACUUGUUCUUGAGCCAUCAUCAUCAUCUUCUUCAUCACCUCAUAGUCCAGCCGAACCACGAGUCUUCUCGUGCAACUAUUGCCAAAGGAAAUUUUAUAGUUCACAGGCUCUCGGGGGUCACCAGAAUGCGCACAAACUUGAACGAACGUUGGCGAAAAAGAGCAGGGAGUUGAGCUCAGCCGUUAGGGCUCAUGGAGGGUCGAACCCGCGGCCAUCUGGAUCCGGCAUCAGCGGUUCGAGCCAUGUUCUACUUGUUCAUCAGCCGCCGCUAGCCGGGUUUCAACAUCAUCAGGGUCAUGUUGCGAGUUUCGGUGGAGAGAUGAAUUAUAACUCAAAAGACGUGGUGAGUUCUUGGUCCAUGAAUUAUAGAGCUGAAAAUAUUCAAGACGAGCUUAGUCCCCUUGACUUAUCGUUAAGGCUUUGAUGAGUUGCGCUUAUUGUGUUUGAAAUUAAUUAAUUGUAUUUUUAUGAUUAAUUAACUGAUAUUGAAGUAUCUGAUAUGCAAAUAUCAUUUUAAUUAUGAGAAAAAUUAAAAAGAAAGCGGGAGUUAUGUAUAACCGAAGUUGAUUAUUCAUUGAUCGAAGAACAAGUUAUUAGAAGAUCAAGAGAG